ACAUUAUACAUACCAAUAGUUUGGUACUGUAACAUUUUGGCAAGCUUUCCUCUCCACAUUAAUAAUUGACUCUUCUUCUGCUCCUUGCAACCAACGGGAAAAUUAACUCUUCGGGCUGUGUAAGCAUACUUACUAUCGACUGUUAUAUAGGUAUUGUGACAGGCCGGUGUGAAUGAGCACCGCUCAGCGGCCGUCGAGGGCUGCUAAAGAAACAGCCCUGAACAGCAAGCCAUGGCUCGAAACUGGUGGCGCUCAGCAAGCUGCGAAUGCCCCGCAACCACCAAAGCAGUCACGUCUUACAGAAGUCUUUCCUGUAUGCAAAGGACCUGGUCCUGCUCAAAAGGCGCAGCAAAAGACCGUCGCGACCACCCAAUUGACUACUCCUAAGACAGCUGCCACAGAACGCACAAAGGCCCGAGCAGCACAAACAGCUGCCGCCACUCAGUCAGCAGCAACCGCGGCAACCCGCGGCCGCAAACGCCGCAACCCAUCCCGCACCGGCUGCGAUGACGACGACGAGCAGAACACGCUCAGCAGCGACGGUGAAGAGGCUGACGGUGAUGCUGCCCCAGCAACCACAACUACAACCCUCCGUCGCUCGACACGCAAAGCCGUCACGGCUCCCAAGGUCCCCGCCCGCACCGCCAGCAAAGCCGCAACCGGGCCCGCCACCGCGCCCAAAGGCGGCAAAGCCACCACUACCACUGCCACCACUGCACCCGCACGUCGCCGAGGCGCCGGCGGUACCUCCUCCUCCUCCGCCCCUCGCUUCCUCAGCAGCUGGGAAAUCGACGGGGAGGAGUACCGAGCCGGGGAUGACGUGUACGUGGUCGAAACCGAUGACGUUGACCAGCUCCCGGACGAGGAGGAGGACGAGGAGUGCGCCAUUUGCGGUCGCAACACCGACCCCGCUCGCAUGGUGGAAUGCGACCGCUGCCUCCGCGGCUUCCACUUCCGCUGCCUGCGCCCGCCGCUAAAGAAGCUCCCCGAGGGUGACUGGGUGUGCCCCGAUUGCGAGAGCGGUGUACUGCCCGCCACCUCGGCUGCUGAGGGCCGGAAGCUGAACACGUGCUGCCAGGCGUUUCUGUUUGGGGAGAAGAUCCUGGGUCUGGCGCGGGUGUGUGGAUGGAUGCGGGACAGGCAGGGGGAGGUGCAGCUGCUGGUGCGGCACUACACGAAGCCGGAGGGGACGCAUCUGGGUCGCCAGAAGCACCACCACAGUCGCGAGGUGUUUCUGGGUGUGGCGGAGCACCUGGAGGACCCGGGCUGUAUCUGGGGCCGGGCACUGGUGGUGCCGCCCGAGCGGUUCGAGGAGGCGCCCGGCGCGGAUGUGUAUGUGUGCGAGUACGAGUACGACGACAAAUGGAAGCGCUUCCGGCGGCGUCUGGGUUCCGACGAGGAGGGGCAGGGGGCGGCCAGCGAUGAUGAUGCGGAGUGGGGCGCGGCGGCGGCAGCGGCGGUGCCUGCAGCGGGCGGCCGCCGGGGGGGCGGCAAGGGGCAGGGCAGUGGCGGGCGGGGCGGCAAGGGGCGGGGUCGUGGAGGCGCCGGCAGCAGCGACGGCGGCAGUGAGAGCAGUGAGGUGGAGGAGGACCGGGAUGCGGAGUACAAGCCGCGUAACACGCUGGACGGGUGGGUGAUCCGCAAGCCGCGGCCCGGGCAGCCGCUGAGCACCCAGACCCGCACUCGCUCGGCAGCCGGUCGGGCGCACUCGUACAAGGCCAUCAUCGACGAGCACGGUUCGGGGCUGCUCUUGGAUCAGGGCGCCGCGACGGUUCCGGAGCGCGGACCCGUGGGUCCGUUGGCCGCCGCCCGCCGCGCCCUAGCGCUGAACAACCGGUCCGGGGAGCUGCCGUGUCGCGAGGCGGAGAAGGGGGCGCUGCGGCGGUUCAUUGGGCACGCGGUGGAAGAGGGCGGUGACAGCCCGGGUGUGCUGUACAUUUGCGGGGUGCCGGGCACCGGCAAGACGGCGUGUGUGAUGGAGGUCCUGGGAGGGGUGCGCAACCAGGCGCAAGACAGCGGCGUUCAG